UGGUAGAAGUCUGUCUUGACACUUCUCUUGGAAGUUACAAUUUUUCUCGAAUAAAAAGUGGCAAAAGAACUAAUAAAAGUUGUUUAUAACUUGGAAUUAAUUCUUUAUUCGCGUUCUCGAGCUUCGCGAAAAAGUUGCACAUACAACUGAGUAUAUUGUGCGAAAAAGUGAAUCCGAAAAUUCGGCGAAUAUACACUCUUGAGACAAAACAAGAGUUGUGUUUGUACUUCUAGGCUCAUUUGCGGUUUUUUGCGAUAAAAUCAAACAAACACAAAAUGUAAAUUGGUGCUGGAAAUCCGUCCGCAUUCUCGUUUCAUUAAAAUAAAAACAAUCGCAAUAAAAUGGCACCCGGUGGAGGCGGCGAACCAAUACCUUAUGACUUUUGGUUCACCAACGAGUUUAACAAUGACCCCACAGAAUUGGUAACAUGUGAAUGUCUCAUGCCUACUGGACAUGUGAUUGACCUGGAUGUACCGCAUGACUAUACGUUUCAAGAAAUCAAAGAUGAAUUGUGGUACAUAACGCAAAGAAGAUUGAAUUUGACCGAUCAAUCGGAAUACACAUUUUGUGUGAUCAGUAAAUAUUGUCAUUCAGUCUUGAGCCAAGAAGUGACUGACGAAACUAAGCGUUUGUGCGACAUUCAGCCAUAUUUUUGUAUUUUGCAAGUCAUCAAAAAGCAAAUCACCACCGAUAACAAAUUGGAAAAACACAUCACUGAGCUCAUUGGCAAGCCAGUACAAGAUUUUGCAGCCUUAAAUAAUCCAGAAAUCAAUGAAUUUCGAUUUAAAAUGAGUUUUCUCACCGAUACGUACUCUCAGUAUCGGCAACAAUUAACGUUAAGCGAAAAACUUAAUUACCAAUACCCACCACGAUUACGACCAGAACUACAAAACGAUAAGCUGACGUCGUCAUUUAAGGAACGUUAUGCCAAAAAGAACGAAGAUAAUAAGAUCAUGCUGGUUGCACGGUAUGAAAACGACGAAAAUUACGACAAUUCGGGAACGUUUAAAGUGCCAAGUGAGGCUACACCGGCCGAAGUGUUGGCGACCAUAUUCAAUCACAAUGCAUUCAAAAUGAAAAAGGAGGACACGGAAUAUAUACUGAAAGUUUACGGCCAGGACGAGUACAUUUAUGGCGAUCGGCCCAUUAUUGAUUACUUGUAUGUGCAGGACACAAUAUCACGCAAGGGAAUUCCUUCAUUCGUUACGCAGCCCAUACGCAAUGUGUCCGUUUUCAAAGACAACGUGUACCAAACUCUCCAAGCUGGCGCUUCAUCAACACCGAGCAUGCACUCAAUGUUUGGAUCCACUCAAACGUUGAAAAAGCGACAACACCAAAAUUCAUCGUGGGACAUCAACGAACCGUUUCAGCUCACCAUUCAUGCCAUCGAAAAGCUAAAUUGUUCGCAGUCGGUCGAAAUUGCCAUACAAGUUGGUCUGUUUCACGGUGGAAAACCACUUUGUGAACCACAAAAAACGAAAGAAACGUUUCUGCAAAAGGACGGCUGUACGUUGUGGGAACAAACGCUAAAGUUUGACAUUUCCGUUUACAAUGUGCCGCAAAUGACUCGCCUAUGUCUGGUUGUGUACGAACUCAUUAAAAGCGGAACCAGACGUAAAUUGAGGGAAAAUCCCUUGGCCUGGGUGAAUACGACGGUGUUCGAUUACAAACAACAACUGAAAACUGGUGCUAUGACAUUGUACACAUGGACUUAUGCUGAAGAUUCACAGUCCGAGGAUAUGUUACAUCCGUUGGGAACCGUUGAAUCGAAUCCGAGAACCGAUGAACGUGCAGCUGUUACACUUAGUAUUCAUCACUACAGCAAAGAUACUCCUAUUGUCUAUCCAUCCGAGGAUACGGUGCUGAAGCAUGCUGCUUUACUGAAACGAACCAAAAAUUUGAACCGUGAUAGCGCUCAAGACACCAGAAGUGUGGCAGAAGUGAUGAGUCCGUACAUGAACAACGAUCGCAUCCACGAAAUGGUCGAUCAGGAUCGCAGUGCUAUUUGGGCGAAACGAUACGAAUGUCUGAAAAAUAUGCCGGCUGGUCUUCCCUGUCUGCUUCAAUGCGUUCAAUGGAAUAAUCGGGAUGAAGUGUCAGAAAUGCGUAGCAUAUUAACACAGUGGCCGGAUUUGUUUGUCGAACACGCACUGGAAUUACUCGACUAUGCGUACGCGGAUUUUGGUGUGCGCAAGUUUGCGAUUCAGUGCAUUCAAAAGAUAAGUGAUGAUCAACUUCAACUGUACUUGCUGCAACUGGUGCAAGCGAUUAAACACGAGUCCUACAUUCAUUGCGAACUGGUCAAGUUUCUGCUGGAACGUGCCCUCAAAAAUCAACGCAUCGGCCAUUACCUGUUCUGGCAUCUACGAUCCGAAAUUCAUGUCUCUUCCAUUCAACUGCGGUUCAGCUUAAUACUGGAAACAUAUUUGAAGGGCAGCCAAGAGCACAUACCGAUUCUGUUGAAGCAAACGUCCUGUCUGGAUCAGCUGAAAAAAGCUUCGGAACAGGCGAAAAGAGGAAACAAAGAAAAGGGACGCUCACUGCUGCGUGAACAUCUACAUCAAUCUCAUGUCAAACAACGGCUAACCAAUUUUCUGAGUCCACUCAAUCCCAGCUUUCGAUGCAAGGUGGUCAAACCGAAUGAAUGCAAGGUGAUGGACUCGAAAAUGCGACCAUUGUGGCUGGUUUUCGAGAAUUCGGAUCGGCUGGCUGACGACAUAUGUGUGAUGUAUAAAAAUGGCGAUGAUCUCAGGCAGGAUAUGCUAACGUUACAGAUGCUGCGCGUAAUGGAUCGGAUUUGGAAGAGUGCAGAUUUCGACUUUCGCAUGAAUCCGUAUGGUUGUGUCAGUACCGACCAUCGGCUCGGUAUGAUUGAAGUUGUACUGAAAGCGGAAACCAUUGCCAACAUUCAGAAGAAGAAGGGAAUGUUUUCGGCAACGUCUGCCUUCAAAAAGGGAUCACUGCUGGCAUGGCUGAAGGAUCAUAAUGCCACUCCGGAUGCAUUGGAAAAGGCCAUCGAAGAGUUUACGCACAGUUGUGCCGGCUAUUGUGUGGCCACAUACGUGCUGGGCGUUGCCGAUCGUCAUUCAGAUAAUAUUAUGGUGAAAGAAAAUGGACAGUUGUUUCACAUUGACUUUGGACACAUUUUGGGUCAUUUCAAGGAAAAGUUCGGAUUUCGACGUGAACGAGUGCCAUUUGUGCUAACACACGACUUCGUUUAUGUGAUAAACAAUGGCAAUACGGACAAGGAAACCGAUGAAUUCAAAAAGUUCAAAGAUUUGUGUGAAACUGGCUUCCUAAUUCUGCGUCGUCAUGGAUCGCUGAUACUUUCCCUAUUCGCGAUGAUGAUUUCAACUGGAUUACCCGAAUUAUCGUCGGAGAAGGAUUUGAACUAUUUAAGAGACACUUUGGUGUUAGAUUAUUCGGAAGACGAAGCAUUGACUCACUUUCGGACGAAAUUCAAUGAAGCUCUGGCCAACUCGUGGAAAACAUCGCUUAACUGGGCAUCGCAUAACUUCUCGAAGAACAACAAACAGUGACACUUGCUAAAAAAAUGUGCUCAAACAAUUUAAUUACGCAAACAAUUCUCUUAUAUAGAUCCCCCCCUUUUUUUCCUCUUCUUUCCGUCGUAUUUUCUCACCCCUUUUUCUUUUCAUUGAUAAUUUAAUUUCCAAUAAGGCGGUUAACGGUCUGAUAAUACCAUUGCCGUUGGUUGGUUUAUUUUUUGGUCUUUAACAUUGAAUCCAAUUAAGAUUUUCUUCUUUUUUUAUAAUUUUGUAAAUAUAGAUUCGAUCCACACAUCCACAAUAUUUUAUAGUUUUCUUCCCUCACAUUAAUACUUGUAAAUAUGAGCAAUAGAUUCCCUGAAUGAAUUUACACCAUAACCUGUUAGAAACGGUGAGUCAGUCAUCCGAUAU